AUGCAGGUGGCCUGGGGCAGGCAGGGCAGGUGGCAUGUCGGACCUCUCCUCGAGGACUUGCCAACGCCUCCAGGUGGGCUUGGAGACCCCACUGCUGAAGGGCAUCUGCUCUAUCUGCUCUUGAAGAAGAUGCACUUGUUCCGGAGCUACCGCUACCAGAUCCAGCUGGAGGGCGAGGCAGGCAGCCUGCCCAGGAUACAGGGCAUCCGAUGGACGCCGCUCCCUGACAGCGAAUCAGCCCCAGACUGUGGGCAGAGCCUUACGCAGGCACAUGCAGAGAAGGUUUGGAGAGCAGGGAGACUCCUGUACAGCCACCUCGUGAGCUCCUGUCCUGGCCUCAUCCGCGAUCACAAGUACCACCUCAGGCACCACAGGCAUUGUUGCUCCGGGAAGGAGCUGGUAGACUGGCUGCUCAGUGCAGGGCUGUCCAUCCAAACGCGGGGCCAGGCCAUUGGGGUUUGCCAAGUGCUGGUGGAUGGAGGAGUCCUGACUCAUGUGAAGCAGGAGUGGCAUUUCCAGGACAAGGAUGCCCAGUUUUACCGCUUUGCCGAGGGGGAGCUGACUCUGGAGCCUGGCACCUGGGACACUGAGGAGCUACUGGAGGCAUUGGCCUUUCUGGCCCAGCUGGGCCCUGAUGCGCUGCUCACCAUGGCCCUGCGCAAGCCCCCUGCCCAGCGCAUGGAGGAUGAGCUGGAGCUCAUUUUUGAGGAGCUGCUGCACAUCAAAGCUGUGGCUCAUCUUUCCCACUCCGUGAAGCGGGAGCUGGCCUCUGUGCUACUGUUUGAGUCACACACCAAAGCGGGCACCGUGUUGUUCAGCCAAGGAGACAAAGGCACCUCGUGGUACAUCAUCUGGAAGGGCUCAGUGAACGUGGUCACCCAUGGCAAGGGCCUGGUGACCACCCUGCACGAGGGUGAUGACUUUGGACAGCUGGCGCUGGUGAACGAUGCCCCCCGAGCCGCCACCAUCAUCCUGCGGGAGGACAACUGCCAUUUCCUCCGCGUGGACAAGCGAGACUUCAACCGCAUCCUCAAGGAUGUUGAGGCCAAUACCAUGCGCCUGAAGGAGCACGGGAAGGUGGUGCUAGUGCUGGAGAAGAACCUGCAGGGGAGCGGCUCCAGCAACCAGUCACCAUCUGCGGGGAGCAGUAGGUACUCGGUGAUGGCUGGGACCCCUGACAAGAUCCUGGAGCAUUUGUUGGAAGCCAUGAGGCUGGACGCGACGUUCUCAGACCCCCUGGAUACCUUGGUUGGGGAUUUCCUGCUGACCUACAAUGUGUUCAUGCCGACCACCCAGCUCUGCAGAGCCCUGCUGCACCAUUUCCACGCGGAGCCGUCCGAGGGCUCGGAGCAGGAGAAGGCUGUCUACUCCCUCAGCAAGCGGCAGAAGAUCCUGAGGCUGGUCAGCCAGUGGGUGCUGCUCUAUGGGCCCCUGCUGCAGGCCGACCACUGUGCCAUAACCCUGCUGCAGAACCUCUCGGACUUCGUGAGCCGGGAUCCUCGCCUGUGCAACCUGCUCCGGGACCAGACACAGGAUCGUCGAAGGAACAGAACACUGGAGAACGGUGGCGGAAGCGCAUCUCCACAGCCCAAGGUUCGGAGCACAGUGAACUGGAUCGCCAGCCUGGAGGAUGCCACGCUGAGUAACAGCUGUGCCAUUGGAGCCCAGGACAAAGUGCCCUAUGACGUCUACAGAGCUGACCACUCCUGCCUCACCGUGGUGCUGCCAGUGAACGCCUCCGUGCGCGAUGUGCUCCAGUCCCUCACCCGCCAAGAGGGCGGGCACGGCGAGCGCAUGCUGGUCAAGGUCAACUCAGCAGGGGAUAAAGCGGGGCUGCAGAUGGACACCAUCGGUGUGUACACAUCCCUGGGCCUGAACGAGAGACUCUUUGUUGUGAAUGUCCAGGAGCUGCACACCCUGACCCCUCAUCCCGAGCAGCUGGGGCCCACCGUUGGCUCCUCAGAGACCCUGGACCUCAUCAGCUCCAAGGACUUGGCCAGUCAGCUGACGGAUUACGACUGGAACCUCUUCAGCAGCGUCCACCAGGUGGAGCUGAUCUAUUACAUCUUUGGGCAGCAGACGUUUCCCAGCGCGACCACGGCGAACCUGGAGCGCGUCAUGCGGCGCUUCAACGAGCUGCAGUACUGGAUCGCCACCGAGCUCUGCCUCUGUGCGGAGCCGGGCAAGCGGGCCCAGCUGCUCAGGAAGUUCAUUAAGCUGGCUGCACACCUCAAGGAGCAGAAGAACCUGAAUUCCUUCUUCGCGGUGAUGUUUGGUCUGAGCAACACGGCUGUGAGUCGCCUCGCCAAGACCUGGGAGAGGCUGCCGCACAAAACCAGGAAGCUGCACUCAGCGCUGGAGCGUAUGCUGGACCCGUCCUGGAAUCACAGAGUCUACAGAUUGGCCGUCGCCAAACUGACCCCGCCCAUCGUCCCCUUCGUGCCCCUCCUUCUCAAAGACAUGACCUUCAUCCACGAGGGCAACCGCACGCUGGCAGAGAACCUCAUCAACUUUGAGAAGAUGCGAAUGAUGGCCAAGGCCGUACGUAUCAUCCACCACUGCCAGAGCCACACGUACGCUCCCAUGUCCCCACUGCGGAGUCGUGCCCCCCAGCUGCUGGAGGACCCCCAGGCCCUGCGGAUCUCCACCUGCUCUGAGCAGUCCCUGGGCGGGCGGAGUCCUGCCUGCACCCGGGCCUACCUCCAGCACCUGAAAGUGAUCGACAACCAGAAGGAGCUGUCACGGCUUUCCCGGGACCUCGAGUCCUGA